ACCUGGUUCCGCUGGGCUGGGCCACUUCAGGGAAGAACAGCAAGGCCCUCAGAUGGUAUCAACACCCGCUGGCUGGGCUCCGGAGAGGGUGGGGGUGGGGAAGGCUCUUCCUGGGCCCAUGGGACCCAGCGACUGCGACCGCCCUAUAAGUAGGCAAGGCAAGGCCCCGUAUGGAGCAGCCCGCGAGCGUCCAACCAGGGAGCCUCCCCGGGGAAUAAGUGAGUUCCCUCCAUCUGCCGAGUGAGUAGCUCUCCCUCAGGCCCCUGCGGAGCCGACGCUGGUGGGUGAGGCUGGCCCACUGGACCGAGGCGGAAGCUGAGAUACAGACACACUCGGCUCUGAUCUGCCAGGGCAAUGGUAUCUUCCAUCACAUGGGGCUUUCUGCUGCUGGCGGGCCUGUGCAGCCAGGUCCCUGGCUCCCUGCAUCGAUCCAAGCCUGCCAUUUACAAGCCCCCACGCUUCUUCAGCAUAGCUCCCAGACUGGACAACUUUACCUUCAAAUUGUACCACGAACUGGCCUAUCAGUCCAAAAACAACAUCAUCUUCUCCCCCGUGAGCAUCGCUUUAGCCUUUCUGAUGCUCUCCCUGGGGACCAAAGGGGACACUCAUACCCAGAUCCUGUGGGGCAUAGAUUACAAGUUUAAGAAGCCGCCUAUGGCAGAGAUCCACAAAGGCUUAGCGCACCUCCUUGAAAUUCUCAAUCAGCCAGGCGACCAGAUCCAGAUAACCACCAGCACUAUGCUCUUCCUUGAUAAGAGGCUAAAGCACGCACACAAGUUUUUGGACAAUGUCAAGAGGCUGUACCACUCAAAAGCCUUCUCCGUCAACUUCAGGGACACUGAAGAGGCCAAGAAAGAGAUCAACGAUCAGAUAAAGGUAGAAACUCAAGGAAAAAUCGUGGCUGUGGUCGAAAAGCUUGACAGAGACACGGCUUUUGCUCUGGUGAACUACAUGAUCUAUGAAGGCGAAUGCAGGGAUGACUUCAGGGCCUACCGCUCAGUGAUAGAAGACUUCCACGUGAACCAGACCGUGACCAUCCGGGUGCCCAUGAUGCACCGGCUGGGCAGGUGCAAAGUGUACUGGGACCACGUGGUCCGCUGCUGGGUGGUGCUGCUGCACUUCCAGGGCAGAAUCGCGACCUUGCUGCUUCUGCCCAAACAGGGCAAGCUGGAGUGGCUAGAGAAAAAGCUCUCCGAGAAGCUGCUCGCCAAGUACCUCAAAUUCUUACAUUCACGGGUUAUCAAUUUACGUAUGCCAAGAUUUGUUAUUUCUGGAACCUAUGAUCUGAAAUCUCUCCUGGGCAACCUGGGCAUCACCAAGGUUUUCAGCGACGAGGCGGACCUCUCGGGUGUCACUGAGGAACAACAGCCUCUGAAGCUGUCCAAGGCCCUGCAUAAGGCUGUGCUGGACCUCAGCGAGAAUGGGACAGACCAUGGCGGGGACAUCCUCUCGAAAGACACCCGCUGGUCCAACCAUCAGACCAUCAGCUUCAACAUGCCCUUCUUAAUCCUCAUCAAAGAUGAAAACACCAACAUUCCUCUCUUCAUGGGAAGGGUGGUGAAUCCCCUGCAAAAUUAGCUUCCCCUCUGGGUUCGGUCCUCGGCUCGCAGGCCAGGUCCCCCCCCUAGGUAACUUUAAAGAAUGAUCUGGCCCAAGCUUGUAUGUGACACAUAAAUCGCUCAUCCUCUUUUCCCUGAAUCUCUCUGUACAUCCUCAGCAUAUGUGUCAAAUCCAGGUUACAGCAAUCUUUCAGGUAUCCACUUAAUGAAUACUCAUUAGAUAUUUACACGGUCCAGGCACUCUGUCAGGCAAGGAUGAAAGGUUGGCCGAAACCCACAAUUUACUUAACAUUUUUGGAAAAUCAACAAUGUCAGAGGUGGACCACUUUGGAGGCGAGUAGAGACAGUUAAGAAAUUGAUUAAAUUGGGGUUGGAGAGUGGUAGGCAAAGAGGGCCACAGUAAGGCUAAGGCAAUAGUAAGGCAAGGCUAAGCCAGGCAGACCACAAAACGGGAAGAGAGCUAAGGGGUCUGUCUGCCCUUAUGUGGCGAAAUCACAGUCGGUUCAGAAUGGUAAAGGCUCAAGUCCACGUUAAAUAAUAGUGUUUGUACCUCUAGCAAACAUUAAAACAUCAAAUAACAUAAAUGUUCUAGAAGAAAGCAUUGGUUAAUUCAUUUAUUGAUAUUGGAGAAAGGCCCCUCUAAACAUGACAGAAAGCCCAGAUGUCAUAAAUAUAAGACUGAUAUAUUUGACUUUAUAAAAUUUAACGUGUAUGGUAAAAAAAAAAAGAGUAAUUCAAUUCACCAAGAUAACAGAACAGUUAUAAAUAUAUGUGUACCUAACAUCAAAACUCCUAAAUAGCUGAAGCAAACAUUGACAGAAUUAAUGAGAUAAAUAGACAGCAACACAAUAAUAGUAGGAGAAUCCAUACCCCACUUGCAAGAAUUGAUAGCGAUACGAGAUGGAAGAUCAAUAAGGAAACAGGAUUUGAAUAACACUAUAGACCAACUGGACUAACAGACAUAUACAGAACACUCAACUCAACAACAGCAUAAAACACAUUUUGCUCAAGUGGAUAUGGAACAUUCUCCAGAAUAGAACAUAUGUUAGGCCACAAAGUAAGUUUUAAUACAGUUUUAAAGACUGGAACUAUACAAAGUACAUUUUCUUUUUGUUUGUUUGUUUGUUUUUUAAUAUGGUUUUUUUUUUAGGGCCACACCUUUGGCACAUGGAAGUUUCCAGGCUAGUGGUGGCCUACACCACAGCCACAACCACAUGGGAUCCGAGCCACGUCUGUGACCUACACCACAGUGUACAGCAGCUCUGGAUCCUUAACCUAUUGAGCAGGGCUCUUCAUGGAUACUAGUCAGGUUCAUUACCACUGAGCCACAGUGGGAACUCCCCCGACUAUCUUUUCUUCUUCUUCUUUUUUUUUUUUUUUGUCUUUUGUCUUUUUAGGUCAGCACCUGCAGCAUAUGGAGGUUCCCAGGUUAGGGGGUUAGGGGUCAAAUCAGAGCUGUAGCUUCUGGCCCAUGCCACAGCCACAGCAACUGCUGGAUCUGAGCCAUGUCUACGCCCUCACCACAGCUCACAACAAUGCUGGAUCCUUAACCCAAUGAGCAAGGCCAGGGAUCAAACCGGCGUCCUCAUGGAUGCUAGUCAGAUUCAUUUCAGUUGAGCCACGACGGGACCUCCCAAAGUAUCUUUGCUAAUCACUGUGGAAUGAAACGAGAAAUCAACAGCAGAAGGAAAACUGGAAAAUCCAGAAAUGCAUGGAAAUUAAACAACAACUCAAACAAAAAGGGUAACACAAGAGGAGUGAGUUCCCAUUGUGGCUCAGUGCAUUAAGAAUCCAACUCAUAUCCAUGAGGAUGCAGGUUUGAUCCCUGGCCUCCCUCAGUGGGUUAAGGAUCCGGUGUGGCCGCAAGCUGUGGCACAGGUCACAGAUGUGGCUCAGAUCUGGCAUUGCUGUGGCUGUGGCUGUGGCCAGCUGCCGAAGCUCCGAUUUGACCCCUAGCCUGGGAACUUCCAUAUUCCAUGGGUGUGGCCAUUAUAAAAUAAAAUAAAAAAAGAUAUCACAAGAGCAAUUAGACUAUAUCUUGAGACAAGUGAAAAUGAAAAUACAACAUACCAAAGCUUACGAAAUGCAAUAAAAGCAGUACUAAGAGCGAAAUUUGUGGUUGUUAGCAUUUACAUUACAAAGAAGAAAGAUUUCAGAUCUACAGAUUGACUUUACACCUCGGAUCAGACCUGAGCCAAAGUUGAGACCUAAGCCUCAGCUGUGGCAAUACCAAAUCCUUAGCUCAAUUUGUGGUAAGAUAUAUAUAACCCAACAUAAAAUAUGACCAAGGUUAUCUACAUAAGCCAGGGAAAUUUCUGACAUUUUGAGUUAUAACUCAUAAUCCUAUGGCUUUAAUGGUAAUUUCACACCAACUUGUUUAAAAAUAUAUAUUCAACACCAUAUCAGAAAAUGCCAAAAUGUAUACAUGUAAGGAUAACUUGAUCCCCUUGCUAUACAGUGGGAAAAAAAAUAAAUUAAAAAAAAAUAAAAGAAAAAAAAAAGAAAAUGCCAUAAAUAGGAGCUCCUGCUAUAGCGGAACGGAAUUGGCAGCCCCUUGGGAGCACUGGGACACGGGUUCAAUCCCCAGUCUAGCGCAGUGGGCUAGGAUCUGGCAUUGCCACUGCUGCGGCUUAGGUCUCCACGUCGGUCCGGGAGCUCUAUAUGCCAUGGAUGGCCAAAACAGAAGGAAAAAAAAUGCCAUAAACAAAACUGAAGAACGAACUGAGAAAUUUUAUAACAGAUAUGACAGAAUCAUUUUAAUUUUACAUAACUUUUUAAAUUUUUUAUUAAAGUAUAGUUGAUGUA